UCUGACACCUACAGGUCCCUUUCUCUAUUGUUAUCCCUUGUGUCUUCAGUGAACUCAAUAGAUGUUACUCAUUUGGGGAUUUCUGCCUUCUCAGGUACUGUGACUUGCCAUGAAGAUAGAAUGAUAGUGGAGUUUUCAAACAACCUUGGCAUCAAUGAAUGGCAUGCAUCUGUGAUGGAUCCAUUUGGUCUUGAAAUGCUGAAUUGCACUUAUGUCCUUGACCCAGAAAAUCUUACCCUGUGGGCCCCAUAUGAGACCUGUACCAGGACAGUGCUUGGUCAGCACCAGAUGAUGAUCAGAGUCAUGGACAACAGUGCUGCUAUAAGACGCAAGGCUUUCAUGUAUCAGAUUAGCUGUCCAGCUGUGCAAGCAGGAGGAGCCCAUGAGCACCCAGGAUCCACCCUGUGCAUGAAGGAUUUCAUGUCUUUUACCUUUCACGCUGUACCUGGCAUGGCUGAUGAAAACAUGGAUCUCCAACAUCAGAUGGGAUGGAGCAUUGAGGUUGGUGAUGGUGCAAGAGCCCUAACUCUGACCCUUCUCGAGGCCAUGGAACAAGGAUAUAAUGUCCUGAUUGACAGCUAUAAAAUGACCAUACAAGUGUCAUUCAAUGCCACUGGAGUGACUCACUACAUGCAAGGUAAUAGUCAUCUCUACACAGUACCUCUGAAGCUUAUCUAUGUAAAUUUUGGACAUAAGACCAUUUUAUCAUCACAAGUGACUUGUAUAUCAGGUCCUGUGACCUGUAAUGCCACACACAUGACUCUCACCAUACCAGAAUUUCCUGGGAAGUUAAAAUCCGUGAGCUUUGGAAAUAGAAACAUUGCCAUAAACCAGAUGCAUAAGCAUGGGAUUGAUACAGAAGCAACAAAUGGUCUGAGACUGCACUUCAGCAAAACUCUUCUUGAAAUGAAAUUGUCAGAAAAAUGUCUGCCCUAUCAGUUCUACUUAUCUUCACUCAAGCUGACCUUUUACUUCCAACGGGAGAUAGUAUCCAUAGUGGCCUAUCCUGAGUGUCUCUGUGAGUCACCAGUUUCUAUAGUUACAGGUGAGCUGUGUACUCAGGAUGGGUUUAUGGAUGUCAAAGUCCAUAGCCACCAGACAAGACCAGCUCUCAAUCUGGACACCCUCAGAGUGGGGGACUCAUCCUGCCAGCCUACCUUCACAACUCCAUCUCAGGGGCUGGUAUGGUUUCACAUACCCCUGCAUGGAUGUGGAACAAGACACCAGUUCAAGGAUGACAAAGUCAUCUAUGAAAAUGAAAUACACGCUCUCUGGGCAGAUCUUCCUCCAAGCACAAUUGCCAGAGAUGGUGAAUUCAGAAUGACAGUGAAGUGCUAUUACAACAUGGAUGACAUGUUAACAAAUACCAGCAUCAAAAGUCAUUCCCCUUCAGUGGCACUAGUGAAGCCGGGUCCACUUGCCUUGAUCCUACAGUCCUUCCCAGAUAACUCCUACCUGCAACCUUAUGGGGACAAGGACUACCCUGUGGUGAGAUACCUCCGCCAACCAAUUUAUCUGGAAGUGAGUGUCUUAAACAGAACUGACCCCAACAUCAAGCUAAUCGUAGAUGACUGCUGGGCAACACCCACUGCAGACCCAACCUCUCUCCCCAGCUGGAAUAUUGUAGUGAAUGGCUGUGAAUACAACCUGGACAACCACAGAACCACCUUCCAUCCAGCUGGCUCCUCUGUGACCUAUCCUAAUCACUACCAGAGGUUUGAUGUGAAGACCUUUGCCUUUAUAUCAGGGACCCAAGUGCUCUCCAGCCUGGUCCACUUUUACUGCCAUGCCUUCAUUUGCAAUCAGCUUUUGCCUGAUUCCCCUCUGUGUUCUGUGAUGUGCCCUGUGUCAUCUAGAAGCAGGCGAGCCACAGGGGCCACUGAAGAGAAAAAAAUAAUAAGUCUUCCAGGACCUAUCCUCCUGUUGUCAGAUGGCUCUUCGGGCAGAGCUUUUCCAGAUGUUGUAUAUUCUAAAGGGCAUGGGACUGCUGGAUAUAUUGCUUUUAAAACUAUGGCUGUUGUGGUUGUCUUAGCAGGUGUUGUAGCAGCUCCAGGCCUCAUCUAUUACCUGUACAAAAAAAGAACCAUAAUGUUAAAUCAUUAA